GAGUAAUUAACUACGCAUUACCGAAUAUUUAGAAAAAGAAAGUUUGGUUGAAAUUAGUGCCAAGAUUAACCUGGUUUAGAUCGAGGUCUUCAAAAUGCCGUCUUUUUAACACGCAAUUGCAAUCUCAGCUCAAUUAGAUUCGGGAAACAUCUGUUUGAGCUCAAAUGCAAGUUUGUUUGCGAAUUACUGCGGAUUGUAAUAUUAUCGUGAGAUUUUCUAUUUCAUCUGCCUUAGGUUUGAUGUUCUGAGCUCUGUAUAGAGCUUCAGAUUAUGAGUAUACAUUUUUCUUUUCCUUAAAAAAGGAUGCCCGGAAUACCAUUAACGCCUCGCGGAGCUUCUCACUCAAGAGCGGCUGAUCAGAUGUGCCGUCACGACUCCCACGGGCACUUGUCUGCAGAGGAGGAAAUCGCAGCUGAAGAAAGUCUUACGAUAUACUGUAAACCUGUUGAACUGUACAACAUUCUUCAACGUCGAGCUGCUAAAAAUCCGUCUUUCCUACAAAGAUGUUUGCGGUACAAACUCCAGGCAAAACAUAAAAAAAAGGAUACAAAUGACAAUUUCUCUUCCCGCAACUUUAAAUAGCGGUUCGCAAAUUCAAAGUACGUUUCCUUUGUGUAUAUUGUUGGCUAGGCAAGUUCCAAUUCCUGUAGCUUCUGAGUACUCUUCCGUCUAUUGCUUUAAGCGCGCAUGCAUCUUAUCCUCUUGCUCCGGAGUUGACAAGAUGAAUCAAGCAUAUGCAAAAUUUGUUCUCCCUGAAUUGAAUAAGCUAUCCGCAGAGAUUGAGGCGGCCUCACUUGUAAUUCUUUUUAUUAGCUGUGCUGAGAUUGCCAAGGACAAUAUGGAUAUGUCAUAUUUUCCAUCCAAUGUUGAGGGGCACUGCUUAUUGAGUAGGAUGUCUAUGGAACUGCCUUAUCUAUCUUUGGAAAAGUCUUCAAACUUGGGUCUUGGAGAAAGAGCGGAGAUGUUUUCAACUGUUGACUUGUGCCCCUGUUUCAUGAAGUUAAGCUAUCUGGACAAACAUGGAUGUGUCUCUUUUCAGUUUCCUCAAUCACUUGGAGCUGCGGAUACAUCACAUGAGAUUAAAGUCAGUGUUGCUGCAGAAGAAGUUGGCGCACAGGAGAGAACACCAUAUGAUUCAUACUCCUAUAGUGAAGUUCCUAACUCAUCCUUGCAUCACGUUAUGAGGCUUAGGACUGGAAAUGUUGUUUUCAACUAUAGGUACUAUAACAAUAAGUGCCUGCGAACUGAAGUGACAGAAGACUUCACGUGUCCUUUCUGCUUGGUAAAAUGUGCAAGCUAUAAGGGCCUGAGAUAUCACUUAUCAUCUUGUCAUGAUCUAUUCAAUUUUGAAUUUUGGGUUACUGAAGAAUAUCAGGCUGUAAAUGUAUCUGUUAAAACUGAUGUAUGGAGAUCUGAGAUCAUUGCUAAUGGUGUUGAUCCUAAGCAGCAAACAUUUUUCUAUUGUUCAAAGCCCUUAAGACGCAGAAAAUCACAAAAUGUUCAGAAUGGAAAGCAUGUACAUCCACUGGCCUUUGAUUCAGAAUCUCCCCCAGCAAUAAAUGAUCACCAGACCACGAAGGAUGGAAUGAACAAUCUAGAUACAGUCAUUUGUGAUGCAUCAAGUCCCAAUGCUACUGGUGUAUCAUUAGCUACAGAACAUCAAAAUCCAGAUCCAGAUUGUACACAAUCCUUGCCUAUAAGCAGUUUAGCACCACCUGCAAUGCUUCAGUUCGCAAAGACCAGGAAGUUAUCAGUGGAGCGUUCUGAUCCAAGAAAUCGCACACUUCUACAGAAGAGACAAUUCUUUCACUCACACCGAGCCCAGCCUAUGGAAAUGGAACAAGUUUUAUCAGAUCAGGAUAGUGAGGAUGAAGUUGAUGAUGAUGUUGCAGAUCUUGAAGACCGACGGAUGCUUGACGACUUCGUUGAUGUUACCAAAGACGAGAAGCAAAUGAUGCAUCUCUGGAAUUCAUUUGUGAGAAAACAAAGGGUGCUUGCAGAUGGGCAUAUUCCAUGGGCAUGUGAGGCCUUCUCAAAGCUACAUGGCCAAGAUUUUUUCCGGACUCCUGCACUGCUUUGGUGCUGGAGAUUAUUCAUGAUAAAACUAUGGAAUCAUGGUCUUCUUGAUGCUCGUGCCAUGAACAACUGUAACAUGAUUCUUGAACAAUUUCAAAACCAAGAGGGUGACAAACCAAUAACCUAACCAUGCGUUUCUGUUAGUUCUUUUGAUUUUUGGGGACGGACUGCUUGUGAUCAAGUUCCAGUCCCAAGACUUCCGACCAACACACACAUAUGCUGUUCUGCUAUUGCAAGUUUUGGGCUGUUGGCAAUCCAUCUUGUAGUGUCCUUUCCAGUCUUAAAGAUGAGUGGAGUGCCCCGUUCGGUAGUUUUUUUCCCAUGUAUGCUUUGAUCAUAGUACAGUAAACAUAUUCAAGCAUCCUAAUUGUAAAAAAGUAUGUCGAGUCUUCACUUGACCAUUUGUAAUUAGAAUUAUCCAAAACUCCAAAGACAUUCAACAGAUGUUCAUGCAAGGAAACUUCACCAGUGCACCACCCUCUUCUGGUUAAGUGUCACAUUUUCAAACAAUGAAACAAGUAUAAAACUUCAUGUUUUAUUAACUUUGGUAAAAAGGGUAAAUGUGGAAUAAAUUUGAUUAUUG